AUGUCUGCACAAAACCAAUCUACCCCAACGCCCUGCCCAGAGUGCACUGUCAUUCCUACCACCACCUCAAACACCUUUUGCACAUCCCCCGCCUGCCCCGGCUGCAGACAAACUAAACUCUGGAUCGACUGGGCGCACGAAAACAGUCCCGACAUCUUCCAAUGCCCGCAGUGCCACAACACACCCACAGACAUGGCAGGUCUCGUCCUACAGCACACCAUCUGUGCAACCUCCCUUGGGCGUAACCUGACCGUAGAUGAAGAGAUGGAGCUAAUCUUCUGGCUGCAGGACUUUUCCAACGACCUGAGAUGGAUGUUGAGAGUGGAGUAUACACGUAUUUGCGAGGGAAACAUGAUCAUCACGGAGGUGGGAGAGGAUGAGGGGGGUGAUGAUGAGUGGGCGACCUGGAUGUUGGAUGAACACUGGUUGGCUGAAAAGAUUGAUGACGAGAAGUAUGAGGAGUUGGUAGAGUAUUUAAGGGAGAAAGAGGACUAG